CAAUCAGUUAUUUCAGUCCGUUCAGUUGCACAGUCAAGUUCAAAUAAUCCGGUCGCACUGAUAAUGGAUCUGGCAGUGGUUUUAGUUGGUGUCUUUUGUUUGCUUUUGUCAGUGGUGUUAUGGGUACGAAAAAGGCUGACAUAUUGGAAAGAAAUGGGUGCUCCAUACGAAGAACCUCAUUUUAUUUUCGGGAAUCUCAAAGGCGUUGGCAUAUAUGACCAUGAUGGUCAGUUGACGGAAAGGUUCUACCGAAAACAUAAAAACAAAGGUCCAUUUGUCGGGGUUUAUUUUUUCCUGUCACCCGUGGUUAUACCAACUGAUCUGGAAUUUGUGAAGAGCAUCCUAGUGAAGGACUUCAACUAUUUCCACGAUCGUGGCAUAUACUUUAAUGAGAAAGAUGAUCCUUUGUCAGCCCAUCUAUUCACCUUGCCUGGCUUGAGAUGGAAGCGAUUACGCACCAAAAUAACCCCCGCUUUUACCAGUGGCAAAAUGAAGCUGAUGUUCCCGAUAGUAGUAGAGGUCGCCCAGCGAUUAGAGGACAAAAUCAGCAAGGUUGCCGAAGUAGGCGCAGUGAUGGAUGUUAAAGCCGUCAUGGCUAGAUUCACUAUGGAUUCUAUCGGGACUUGUGCUUUUGGGCUGGCAUCGAAUACUUUACAGGACGAAAGCAGUGAAUUCUUCCGGGUUGGGAUGAGUGUUUUUGAUAAUCCUAGACAUGGGACAUGGUUUUUAUUUCUACUAAUUGCUUUUCGGGAAUUAGCAGGCAAGCUGAGGUUCAAGCUGUUUCGCGAUGAAGUAACUAAGUUUUACACAAGUAUUGUCCGCAAAACAGUGGACUAUAGGUUGGCAAAUAACGUCCAGAGGAAUGACUAUAUGGAUAUCUUGAUCAAGUUGCAUACCGGGGCUGAUGAGGGCCCUUUGACUUUCAACGAGCUUUUAUCCCACGCCUUUGUUUUUCAUAGUGCUGGUUUCGAGACCUCUUCUACAACUCUUCAGUUUUGCUUCUAUGAACUUGCCUGCAACCCAGAUAUUCAGGAAAGGACGAGGAGUCAUAUCUUAGAGGUCCUCGAAGCGCAUGGUGGAGAACUGACAUACGAAGCAAUGGUGGAUAUGAAAUAUCUCGAUCAAGUUAUUUGUGAAACUCUUCGCCAUUAUCCUCCAGCUGGAAAUCAUUUUCGGGAAGUUACCCAAGACUACAAAGUUCCAGGUACUGAGUUCACCCUCAAAAAAGGCACAUCUGUAAUGGUACCUGUCUACGCAGUACAUCAUGACCCCGAGUACUAUCCAGAUCCAUUGAAGUUCAAUCCAGAUAACUUUGCUGAUGAAAAUGUAAAAGCUAGACCCUUUGCUGCGUACAUGCCUUUCGGUGAAGGACCACGAAUAUGCAUAGGGGCGCGAUUUGCUAUGAUGCAAGUGAAAAUUGGAGUCAUAGCAGGAUUACGAAGAUACAGAUACACAGUUUCGACCAAGACUAGGCAACCAUUGAAACUUUUAUCGAAAAUAUUCCUGGCGAGUGUGGAGGGAGGCAUUUGGUUAAACGUUGAACGAAUAGAAUGAAUUUAGUGGAAUUUAAUUUGGGCAACCCCGGCCUUCGAUUUUGAUAAUAAAGGGCGAUAAAAAACCAGA